GAUAGAUAGAAGUUAUACUAUGGAGAAAACUAGUGUCCACGAAAAACCAACGGUCGUGGUAAUCAUGGUACCAUUUCCUGCACAAGGCCACCUUAAUCAGCUCCUCCACCUCUCCCGUCUCAUAUCAGACCACGCCGUCCCAGUUCACUACGUUGGCUCAGCCACCCACAACCGUCAAGCCAAGAUCCGAGUCCAGGGCUGGAACCCUGAAACAAUCUCCACCAUCCAUUUCCAUGAUCUCCCUCUCCCUCCCUUCUCCACCCCACCACCUAACCCAAAUUCUCCCAUCAAAUUCCCCGACCACCUCCAACCAACCUUCGAUGCAACAGCCCACCUCCGCAAGCCCUUGGCCGACCUAUUCAAGACCCUUUGCACCGCAUCCCAAAGAGUCGCAAUCAUCCAUGACUCUCUCAUGUCGUUCGCCGCUCAAGAAUCAGAUAAUUACACAAAUGCAGAAGCUUUCGCUUUCCAUAGCGUCUCAGCUUACGCAUACCUCUCCUUCGAAUGGGAAGCUCUUGGCGGACAUUCCGACAAACACCUUAAGGUCUCUGAUCUACCGCCACUCUCGUCCGAGGGCUGUUUUUCCAACCGUUUCAUGGAAUUCAUGGCUCGCCAGCUCCCAAUGAUGGCAUCGUGUACAGGCCAUAUCUACAACACGUGUCGCACACUCGAAGGCGAUUAUCUAAACAUAUUGGCUCAUGAGAACGUGUGGGCCAUCGGUCCCAUGAAUCCGAUAGUUCUUGGCUACGGUGACAGUGACUCGCAUGCACGGCACACGUGUUUAGAAUGGUUAGAUAAACAACCUGAGAAGUCGGCACUCUAUAUUUCAUUCGGGACUAAUACAGCGAUAUCUGAUGAACAGAUUACGGAGUUGGCGACGGGACUCGAACGUAGCGGACAACGGUUUAUUUGGGUUGUGAGAGAAGCAGAUAGAGGAGAUAUAUUCUCACAGGUGGAAUCUGAGAUGAAGGGGAGUGAAGUGGAUGAAGAGUAUGAGAAGAAGAUCAGAGGGAGGGGAGUGAUAGUGAGGGACUGGGCCCCACAACUUGAGAUCUUGGCUCACCCGUCAACUGGCGGGUUCUUGAGUCAUUGUGGUUGGAAUUCUUGUAUUGAGAGUAUGAGCAUGGGCGUUCCAAUUGCGGCCUGGCCUAUGCAUUCUGACCAGCCAAGGAAUGCAAUGCUAGUGACGGAUGUGCUGAGGAUUGGCGUUACGGUUCGGGAGUGGAUUCGGCGGGAAGAGAUUGUGUCUGCGGCGGAUGUGGAAGGUAGUGUGAGGAAAUUGAUGGUGUCUGAAGAAGGGAAAAAUGUAGGGAGGAGAGCCGAGGAGUUGGGUGUUGGCAUUCGUGAGGCAUGGUUAGAUGGUGGGUGUUCUCACGCCGAACUCCAUUCCUUUAUUGCCCAUAUUUCAAGAGCGGUGUAGUCUCUUCUUCAAAUUAAAAUAAAAAUAAAAAUCAUCUUAUCAACUCGGGAAGUUGCAGUUAAUGAGAUUCGAUAGUUUUCUAAGUAAGAUUUUGGUUAGAU